AUGCUCCCCAAUAAGGAAAUAUCUCGGAAUGGCAGGUGCUGUAAGCAGUGCAUCAUUCGCCCAACAGUGGGCGCUAAUACACACCGCUACAAGCAACCAAGCAACACCCCCUCUGUCGUCUCUGAUAUCUAUCCUACUAUCUAUUCACAUCUACUACUGUUCCAUGUCUGUCCGCUAUGCUCCCCUCCCUAAUCCACGUACAGACCCAGAUGCAGACAACGAGUUGGAGGCCGCCUUUGACGAUUCAGAUGAUGAAGAAGACCAGCAUUCCGUGAAGAAUUCUCGCAACGGCUACCACUCGCUUCCGAACGAAGAAUACACUUCUGGCGAUCUAUAUUCUCAACAGCAGCAAGAUCGACACCAUCAGCCUGGGACGUACGAUUUCGAAAACGUCGACUACGAUUAUACGCGGCCUCCUCCUGGGUCACCGCCUGGCCCCUCUGCUCGUGCGCUUCCAAACGAGUUUGGUAACUCAAACGGACUGGUGCCCGCUCUUGAGCCUUCCAGUACUGAUGCGGCCGCACAGCGGGGCUGGUUUAGACGAACAGCGGAGGCUGUCUUGCCAAGUCAUUAUGUCCAACGGUUAGGCUUGGCACCCCAAGUCCCUUCUGGAGUAGUGGGCGGGGGAACAUCCAAUGAUGGUGUCUUUGCGAAUGUUACUGCGAAACCUACUAGACCUGUUCGAGUGCAAGAUGGUGACAGCACCUACCUUGUUCCCGAAGAAACCCAGAAAGACGCUCCGCCUUCAUACGCAGUAGCUCAGGCCGACUCCGCACCUCCAUACUGGGAGACCACCAUCCAUGCUCCUUCAUCAUCCAACACUCCCGGCGAUAUGAUCAUCGAUAACCUUCCCACAGGUUCCCUCUUUUCAUUCCUUUGGAACAUGCUCGUAUCCAUAUCCUUCCAAUUCGUCGGUUUCCUACUCACUUACCUCCUACACACUACACAUGCGGCAAAGCUCGGUUCUAGAGCUGGCUUGGGUAUUACGCUUAUUCAGUAUGGAUUUGCGAUGCGGAGUCGGAGUGAUGAGUGGUUAGAGAAUGGUGCUGAUGGUCAAAAUAUGGAUUCUUGGGGCGUCCCUGCAACGGAUCCCAAACCUACGUUUGAAACUGCUGCUGAUGCGGAAGAGUGGUAUAAGAAUUUCAAUGCCACUGCUGCUGCGUUACAGACACCGACGCCACCUGACAACUCUGGGUGGUUCCUUGGCGAUGCGGCUGCCGAGUGGUUGUCUUUUUUCUUGAUGACAGUUGGCUGGUUCCUCCUGCUAACUUCAAUACUUGGGUUCUGGCGAGUCAAACGAUGGGAACGCAGUAUUCUCUCUACACAACAAUCUGAUUCUUCCUCCUCUUCGUCCCCUUCAUCCUCUGAUGCCAUCCACGUCAACCCCCUGGCUAUGCGUCUCGAACAAACUUUCGGUCUUCGUGGUCUCGCAAGCGGCGCCAUGCUUCGCCAAGGUCUCGGGAUUGGAGGUGGAUAUCCUGGGGCUUCAGCGACUGCGGGGAAUAAUUCACAAACUCUUUUCGAUGCGUCGUUUGAAACUGGUGAGGAGGCUGAUGAUCAUCCACCAGAAUUGAGGGGAGAGUACGUGAUUCCUAUAGAAAACACAGAUGACCCUGAAGCGGCUGAGCGACUGGUCAGAGCUUACCAGGAUGAGGCGAGGUUGACGAAUGAUCUUAGAGCUGCUGGGCUUUUGUGAUCAUUCUUGUUGGGUCAUUAGCCUUGAGAUCAGAAGUAGUCUUGUGAUGGUUCUGUUCUUUCUUUCUGCGUGUAUUAUGAUUAAUUGGUUGUCUUCGGUUCUUGUGGACGGUGGACGGUAUACACUCUUGUUUGCUUUCGGUUUUUUCACUAUAUACAUAUUAUACACACACAUACAUACCAACUCGGUCGUCGACGAUCGUCAUUCAUUCCCAUGCGCGGACGACUGUCCUUUCAUUCUUCCAUCAGUAUUGUCUAUCUAUUUCUUUUGUGUACUGCUACCGUCAUUCUUUCUCUUUACGCAAGCACUGGUUUUUGACAGGUCAUAAUGUACAACGUUCGUUCAUCCUCAACAAUACGGUUGAAGGCGAGCCGCCGCCAUACACAGUAAGUUGUCGCAUUGUACAAUCAUGGCUAUACACAAUAAAUCCUCUACCCCUUUUGAGCGUACAAUUUAGCGCACCAAUCAGCUCCCACCUACGCACAUAGACACAUAGCCUACACAUAGUAACAUAAACGCUCUAAUCAGCGUUGCUCCAC